AUGCAUCUUACAACUUUGGCGUACGUUGCUGCAGUUCUUGUAACUGAAGUUUCACAAAAUGUAGGACAGAUGUGCACGGAUGUAAGGAGUGUGUACCAUCUGAAGAAGGGAGUGAGACUGUCAGAUGUUCAAAUCCACUCUUUUAAAGCAAGUGGACUGAUGAUAUGUGUCCGAUACUGUCUUCUGAAAACAGGAUGUAAAUCAAUCAACUAUAACAUUGGAACUGGUAUGUGUGAGCUCAACAGCCACUCCUUCAUGGACUCAGCCCCUUCCAACAUACAAGAUGCUGCUUUCUCCUUCGUACAGUCAGACAUCGAAAACUGGCCCACAACUCUUGCAGGUCCUUGUGUUAAUCACACGUGUAGCCGUAAUUCACGCUGUGUGGCAUCGCCGGUCCCAGAAUGUGUGGUAUCUGGUUGUUUGAGAUCGGACAUCCCCGAGAUAUCCUACACAACCUUGAAUACAACAGUCUCAUACUUGGAAAGUCCAGUUGGAACUGUCCUCAAGUACAUUUGUGACAAAGAAUUCUUACCCGAGACUCGGGUGGAAUGUGAUGUGAUGGGUAACUGGACAUUUACCAACUGUCAGCUGGCGGUACCAUCGUCGUGUGCCAGUGUGAAGCAGUGCCAGCCCAAUAGUACUGACGGAGAGUACUGGAUGAGGCUGCCGAAGUUCCAUUUCUAUAAGACCCGGAUCUACUGCCAUGACAUGAGAACCGGGAAUCCCAGGGAGUAUCUCACACUUCAAUUUCACAAUCAUGGUAUUUUCCCUGCAAUAACAAACUGGAAUUGUGGCGGAGAAGGCAAGCUGCCUGGUAGUUGUCUGAGUUAUGUAGGAGAGGUUUGGUAUGAAAAGAUCAGAGUAGAUUUGCAGACAAUGGAAAUUAAACAAGACGAAACCACUUUCGCGCGUUUUUCAGGAAAUCCCCCAAAGUAUGGUAGUGCUUUUGACUGUUACACCAUGCACUACAAUAGAUCAGUAAGCCAGUGUGGUGUUAAAGGCGAGUUCACAAUCAAUCUGCGAAAAACGGGAUGGAUCGUUUCCCCAGAUCAGAAAUGGAGAGAAGUAGGGUGGAAUGCAGCUAUGGACAUCUCUUACAGGAAUAAUGGAACUGUAAUUCAUCUCAGAUGUGGCGGAUAUGCAGGAGGGUGUUCUCCCAAUGGGCCGUUGCUCCUUGUCCCGAACAUGGCUGACAUUGUUGAAGAGACGUCUGCAAAAAGUAUUCGCUGUGAGUGA